AAAACUGUUAUGCCUGUGGGGUUCUUGCUAUCAGUGCUCAAAAGUAACAAAGAUGGAGAUUUAGGUGUGCACAUUGUGAAGAACCUGUGCAUAGUUUAUAAACCUUAUGACAGCUAAAAUGUAAAUAGCAGAGGGAUUGCUUAAUGUGGAAGGAAUGUGCUGAGCAAAGAACGCACAUCCAAGGAAGGGAAUAACGAGAUCAUUUAAAUGAUGUAAACAGUGCCUGAGUUAGAACAUUGGAGACAGGAGGGAACCUAGUUUGAAGAAAGGCAGAGACUGUGUGGUUUCUGAGAGCUGAAAGCAGGUGUAGGAUUGGUGGAAAGAUGCAUCAUGUCAUUCGAAAUACUGAAGCAGCUGAAAAGAAAUCUUGUGAAGUACAGUGCAGACCUCUAUUUAUCUGUUCUUAUUCUUUCUUUUAGAUCAGCAAUAUUUUGAUCAGAAAAUUAACCUUUUGCUUCCUUAGAUGCAGCAUGGCCAGCAGGACCAGUGCAGCGACUGCCACUGCUGAGGCCACACCUCGAGUGCUGUGUCCAGUUCUGGGCCCCUCAUGACAAGAAGGACAUUGAGGGACUCUCUGACAUGGAGAAGCUCGGAGCUGCUGCUAGAUACCAUAACAACUCUAGGCCAGAUCUCCUGCUUUAUAAACAUGGUGACUGAUUUCUGUCACAUAAUAUCAAUUUAACAUGUUACAGAUAAGAACUGACAAGGAUUUCUGGAAGUCUUCAGUUUCUCCAGAUGUUUAAUGAAAACAACAGUCAAAUUUGGGUUCACGGCAGGAAAUGCUCUGGCUGGGUGUUCAGUGCUUGGUGUGCCCAGACCAGAACAACAUGGAACUGGAGGUGUUCUGCUCCCAUGGGAGAAGGCUGCCCCAGGACAUAAAAAUCCAGGAACUGACGGGAUUGAUGAAUUAAAGCUGCUUGCCACGUGGUCAGGUACUGAUUCAAGUGGAAUUCUUUGGAUUUGUUUGGGCAUAGGGUUGAUUUUAAUACUCACUCUAUUCAUCUUAAUGGUCUUGUUUAAAUGGAAGCACCUAAAGCAAGUAAAAGAAAAACUGGAUAACACAGACUCCUCUGUAGAGCCGAAUAAUACUCUCAAGGCUAAUACUGAAAGCAGUGUGAAUACAGAAGAAAUUAGACACACACUUCCAAGUGAAACAUUAAUGUAUUCAGUGGAAGAAUGCACUUGCAGUGACUGUGGCUUGGUAAAACCUCAGACUGGCCGUGAAACUUCAUUUCCAUUACCAGCUACUGAAGAACGAGCUACUGUUCUAGUUACCACCAAAUCUUUUGAUUAUUGCAACUAUGUUCUGGGUGUUGGAUGACUGGGAGAGAAGUAUAUUUGUAGUAAGGAAUAAUAAAUGAGUUAUUCUAGAA